CGCUGGGGAGCUUGCAGCCCACCUGCGAGGCGGUCCCGCUCUCCCCACCCCUCAGCCCGCGGCCGGCGGAGAGACUACAACUCCCGGAGUGCUCUGGGAACGGAGCCGCGGGAGCUACAGGCGGAGGGACGCGAGGGCGGGCUUUCCGGGUGUGUGUUUCCGGCGUCGGCGGCCGCGGCCGGGGACGGUGUGAGAGCGGUAAGAUGGCGGCGGCGGCGGUGGUGGAGUUCCAGAGAGCACAGUCUCUACUCAGCACCGACCGGGAGGCCUCCAUCGACAUCCUCCACUCCAUCGUGAAGCGUGACAUUCAGGAAAACGAUGAAGAAGCAGUGCAAGUCAAAGAGCAGAGCAUCCUGGAACUGGGAUCUCUCCUGGCAAAGACUGGACAAGCUGCAGAGCUUGGAGGACUCCUGAAGUAUGUACGGCCCUUCUUGAAUUCCAUCAGCAAGGCUAAAGCAGCUCGCCUGGUCCGAUCUCUUCUUGAUCUGUUUCUUGAUAUGGAAGCAGCUACAGGGCAGGAGGUCGAGCUGUGUUUAGAGUGCAUCGAAUGGGCCAAGUCAGAGAAAAGAACUUUCUUACGCCAAGCUUUGGAGGCAAGACUGGUGUCUUUGUACUUUGAUACCAAGAGGUACCAGGAAGCAUUGCAUUUGGGUUCUCAGCUGCUGCGGGAGUUGAAAAAGAUGGACGACAAAGCUCUUUUGGUGGAAGUACAGCUUUUAGAAAGCAAAACAUACCAUGCCCUGAGCAACCUGCCGAAAGCCCGAGCUGCCUUAACCUCUGCUCGAACCACAGCAAAUGCCAUCUACUGCCCCCCUAAAUUGCAGGCCACCUUGGACAUGCAGUCAGGUAUUAUCCAUGCAGCAGAAGAGAAGGACUGGAAAACUGCGUACUCGUACUUCUAUGAGGCAUUUGAGGGUUAUGACUCCAUCGACAGCCCCAAGGCCAUCACAUCUCUGAAGUACAUGUUGCUGUGCAAAAUCAUGCUCAACACCCCAGAAGAUGUCCAGGCUUUGGUGAGCGGGAAGCUUGCACUUCGGUAUGCAGGGAGGCAGACAGAAGCAUUAAAAUGCGUGGCUCAGGCUAGCAAGAACAGAUCACUGGCAGAUUUUGAAAAGGCUCUGACAGAUUACCGGGCAGAGCUCCGGGAUGACCCAAUCAUCAGCACACACUUGGCCAAGUUGUAUGAUAACUUACUGGAACAGAAUCUGAUCCGAGUCAUUGAGCCUUUUUCCAGAGUACAGAUUGAACACAUAUCUAGUCUCAUCAAACUCUCCAAGGCCGACGUGGAAAGGAAAUUAUCACAGAUGAUUCUUGACAAGAAAUUUCAUGGGAUUUUGGACCAGGGGGAGGGUGUCCUGAUUAUUUUCGAUGAACCCCCAGUAGAUAAAACUUAUGAAGCUGCUCUGGAAACAAUUCAGAACAUGAGUAAAGUAGUGGAUUCCCUCUACAACAAAGCCAAGAAACUGACAUAGAGUUGGAUCUGUAGCGGUCCUUUGGAGAGUGUGUGUGGCGGGAGAGUGAAACCUUGGGGGAAAAUGCUAGGAGAUUCUUUUUUCUUUUUGUUCUACUUUUCGCUCGGAAAGUUUUUAAAUCCUCAUUUGGUGCAUCUGUAUUCCAGCCAAUAGGUGUGCCAGUUUUCAUGUAAUCUUUACUGGCCCAACUUGGGAGUGGGGAAAUUGCUUAAAAAAAAAAGAAAAAGAAAAAAAAAAGAUUAUUCUAAAUAAAAGGAAAAAGGCUUACACUACCUAAAGCUGUGCUCUCUGCCUCCUGGGAGAGGGCCGCAAAGCCAGGCACCCCGCCAACCACUGGGGGUCCUAAUCCACCUGCUGGGUGUCACCUCUCCUCCUCCUCAGAAUUGGGUGUUUGCUAACCAUCAAAAGCAAUGACUUUUUAUUCUGUUUGUACUGAACCAAAACAAACAACUGUGUAUAGACUGCUGUUUUCUUUUUUAUUUGAAAUGAGGCAUUUUGGUGUUCUUUCCCCUGCCAUAUGGCCUGUCCGUCCUUCCCUCCCCACAUUGGCUCCAGCAGCGUAGCCGAAGGUCCUGCCGCCACCACCACCACCACCACCACCACUGCAGCAACAACAGCAGCAGCAGCAGCAGCAGCGCCUGCAUAGCUCCGCUCUGACCUGUGAAGGAAUGGGGAUGAGGCCAGGAGCUAGUGUCUACCACGGCCACACGGGGAGCAGUGUGGGCCCUUAGCCCCCAAGGGGCCUGCUGUGCAUGUGGCUUUUUUUUUUUUUUAACACAGUAAACUAGAUUAGUCAUCAGUGUUUUAAUUGCCCCUCUUCUCUUCUCCUGCAUUCCUCUCCUCUCUUCUUUCCUCUCUCUCCCUUCUCUUUCCCCUCUCAACCAGGAGACCAUCAUGUCUCUCUGCCUUCCUCCUCUCUCCUCCAGGGGAGUCAGGCUGUCUGUGAAAUCCAUGAGCUUCUCUCCCUCUCCCACUCCUCCUCUCCUGCUUUCAGAUGGAUUUAUUCCUUUUUUAAACAAUGAACAUCGGAAAUGAGACUGUGGGGUGUGGUUUCUCUCUCUCUCUCUUUUUUUUUUUUUUACAUUUUCUUUGUUGGGUUUUUGAGCAACCUCAUGUCCCCUUCCCAGGGAGCUUCUUAAUUUACCUCUUAGAACUCAAGUGGAUGGGUAGUAGAGCACUGUGUGUCAGCAUGCUUUGCUUUCUGACACAUUAAAGUGAGGCUUUAAAGCCAUUUGGGUAGGUGAGCUUCUGCACUUCUGUUGUGCUGUAUUUUCUUCUCUCAUCUCCUCUUUGUCUUUUUCUCUUUUCCUCUCCUUCCUGCCUUCUUCUGCUGGCCUCCUUUUCUCUUUCUUUACCUUCCUUGGAUUAUUCUUCCAGGUUUUCAUAAUAAAUUUAUAUUUUGUAAAAGGAUUUUGUUGUACCAGGUUUUGCAUCCUCACUGAAUUGACUGGCUUUUAUUUUCCUCUCCAAAAUCAGGUUUUUGUUCUCAACGUCUCUCCCCAUCAUGUCCAGUCACUGUUUUGGUUUUGGCACCAUCAGUAUCAAAUGUACAAACGGUUCUUGCUAACCAACACCAGGUAUAUCUGAUGUUCAGAUGAGUUCCAAUAAAAAUAAUUUUUUUUUUCAAAA